AUGGAAAACAGUGGUCUAGAAGCGGUUGCUGAAAGGAUUAGGAACGGAAAAAAUGACGGAGUUGAAUUUCUAUUCUUAACAAAGCCAGUUGAGGGUUGUUUAAUUUCACAGGAAAUACUUUCAGAACUGCUGGAUUUUGAUAUUUUUUGUAUUGAUUGGAAAGAAUUCAAUAAGGAUCCAAAGUAUACAGUGGGGAAUUUUGAAAAGGUGAACAGUAUAAACUUUAUAAUUCAAGAGCCACUAAUACUGGUAUUGAGAGAGGUAUUUACUACAUUAGAAGCCACAAUGGAUGCAAAUCUUGAGCUGAAGACCAGAAUAUACCUGCCAUAUUCUUCGGAAUUACAUGUAGAAUAUGCAAAAAAUGUAGGGGUAUUGCAGGAAGAAAUGUGUAUUGGUGGUAAAAAUGUUAUAAUAAAAAAGUUUGACUUUGAAAGUAUACUUAAUGAAAUUAGGAGAGGGUUUGAAGGACUGAAUAUUUCUAUAGAAACAGUUAAUUGGAUUUCAAUAUUUUAUUCUAAUGCAAGUUUAAUUUGUGAUAAUUCUUCUUCUUCAGUUUAUGCAACAUGUGUUGAAGACAAAAAUGUAUCAAUUCCCAUACUAGAGGAAGAUUUAGAGCGGAUUUAUAACAUUGUAAUGUCCGAAAGAAAGAACAAAACUUUAAAUAAUUAUGUAAUGCCAACUUUGUUUAGUAAAGAAAACGUAAAGGACAUGACUCUGCUCAAGCUGGAUAACCUUCCAGUUAAGUUAAGAAGGGCCUAUUCAAGGCAAGUAUUGCAGCUGAUGGCAUUUAUUCAACAAGUAACAGAAAUCAGCUUUUUAGAAUCAGAAAGUUCCCUAAUUAACUUUCUGUCAAUAGGCCCAACUUCAAAUAUCAUUUCAAAAGUUAUGCAAGACAGUUACCUCGAGAUCAUCAGGGCUGGUUCAAAAACUCAAAUCCAUCCAGAUGAGCCAAAGAAAAACCAUGUAACUCUUCUAAUAAUGGACAGAAGCCUGGAUUGUAUUUCCCCAAUUUACUCACCAAUAUUGAACAUGAACUUAUCUGAGGACGAAACCUUCACAAGGUUUGAUGAUGGAAUUGCUGAAUUUCUCGAUGAAUUUAUUUUAAAUAAUACCCAAUAUAAAGUUGAAAAUGAAUUUAAUGUUUCUGAUAGGCCCGGAAAGGAAGAUGGAGAAUUAAGUUGUCAAGAGGAAAAAACUCCUUAUUUAUUAAAUAAUAAAGUUGGAGAACUUUCUAAUGAACAGGAAUUAAAUUCUUCCAAUAAUUUUGAGGAAGGUUGUAUUCACGAAGUUACAAAUCCAGUAUAUCUUUCAAUCAUGCUGGACCCUGAGAAGCUCCAAAAGGAUCUUAUAAUUUCUCAAAACUAUCCAAUCCUAUCCUAUAGGUUUAUUUCUGCUCUAGAAGAUCUUCAAGGGUUGAUUUCAUCAAAAGAGAGGAACUUUUCUGGGUGUCUUAAAAAGGAUAUAAUUAACAGAAUCGACUCUAUAAUGAAUAUUUUCCCAUUAUUUGGUCAUCAUUCAUGGAUGUUUUUACUUUUAACUCUAAAACAGUCUCAGUAUACUAGAAAAUUUUGGAAUGAUGUUUCAGAGGUUUGCAACAACUAUGAAGAAAAGCCAAACAAAAAAAAAACCAUGGUUUUAUCCAUAAUAUACAGAUACUUAGUUAUAAUUCAGAACCAUAUAUCCCUGAGUUCAAAUGAUUUAAAUAUGAAAUCUCCGUCUACUCAGACUUCAUCUUCAUCUCUAUCCCCAAUAAUUUACCAAGAUCAAGUUGAAAAUGAGGAAGAAAUCAUUGGGAAACUUGUUUCAAUCUUAUUGGUUAUUAGAGAAAAGCUUUUGCCAGAUUCUAUUACAAAUAUUUCAAAAAAGUUAGAGGAUUUAAGCCUAAAUCCAUUAUUAUACAAUACAUACGACCUACCUUUAGAGUUGUCAGCUCUACUUCAAAUUCUUCACUAUUUUAUAAUUCCAAUGUUUCCAUUGGACUUGGUAUCAUUUAAUUCAAUAUUUGUUAGAAAUCUCAGAAAAAAGUUUACAAACAGUUCUUUUGAGAAUAUUUCUGUAAAUGAUCAAAAUGACUUACAGAUUUACUCUUUAGAGUGUAUUAGGAAGAUUAUAUCUCUGGCAAUUUCCUGUUCGAGUUAUGAAGGCCCAGACUGUAAGUUAACAUCUUUCAAUUUAAGGCAAAUGUUGGAUCAUUUCCAUUCAGAAAAAUUGCAUAGUUUUGGUGAUCUUGGAAGAUUAGAACAGAAGCUUAACAGUAUUCGAAAUGCAAGAAGUCUACUUAAGUAUAAGUCUUUCCGAAACUUUCAGCUUUCUGCAUUUUUACCAGAGAACAUUAACAAAAAACAAGAACUACAGGAAUUAUCUUUAGUGGCUCAAGUAAGUUUUUAUAUACUCCAAACAAUAUUUAUUGAAGAAAGUAACGUUUCAAAGAAUUGGCUAAAAGUCGAUUUGAAAAUGGAAAGUGUGUCAUCUACUUAUAAAGAGUCAGAUCUUCAAUCUUUGAGAAAUAGGCUUAAGGAGACAAAGAAAACUUUAAUUAUUAAUAUUAUCGGGAAUAUUUCUAUGUUUGAAAUCAACGAGAUUGAAAGACUUUCAAAGAAAUACCAGGAAUAUGUAAAAAUCAUUAUUUUAACAGACCAUAUAAGUUCCGCAGUAUCUAUUACUAAUUCUUUAAUCACUAAUGAAUUAUAA